AUGCAGGACUACGACGACAACUACGGAUAUGCCCGCUACAAUGCGUUUGAAGUAGGUAGUGAAAGUGAGGAGUACGAACUGAAAAACUUGGGAUCAUACAAUGACACUGCGGGAGAUUCGAUGACAUACCACAAGUGGAUGAAGUUCUCGACGCAGGAUCGGAAAAAUGAUCCGAGAUCCGAUCUUCAUCUGGCCGCUUUCUACGACGGUGCCUGGUGGUACGGUAUUGCCAAGAAAUGUGAUAAAUACCAAUACGUGUGCGCUACCGGCCGUAGCCGCAUUGAAAAAGCCAGCGAGCUAGAGCCGCUCCUAAUCCAAGCCGGCAUCACCGCGUCGACCAUUUUGCAUUCCCCGUCCAACACCGACACCGACACCGAACUGAAUUCUAAUUCCACCUUUCUGCCGUUGGAAACGUUCGACGAUUGGGAGUACGAGUGGGCUAGUGGGAUGAAAAUGGGUCCACUACUACCAGUGGAAGCGUUUGCGCUACUUCCUGCCGCCCAGCACUGGGAAAAGGUACUCGUGCUGGAGUGCAACGAUGCAAACAACCGCUGGAAAGUGGCAAAAAUGUCGGGCUCUUCGAACCAAGCCGCGAGCGAAUGGAUUCCCCGCAUUCAGCUGUACUUUCCCUGCGAGGACCCCACCAUGUUCGCGAAACGCAUCUCGGCCGCCAUCGAAGCAAGGCGCAAGGCGGAAAACCGGAUCCGAUUUCUGUUUCUCUGUAAACACAUAGCAACCGAGGAGGGUUGCUACGAUCCAGACGAGCAGCUAGAGAAGCGCCUACUGCGGCGAAUGACCGAUGAAGUUUACAGCAUAUUUAAGCGAAUCUACCAAGACUUUCACGUCCAGCUGGCUGUCGGUGAAUAUUUGAAGUAUGCCGCCGGCAGCAAGUCUCUCGCUAUCGAGUGCUCACUGCCGGAGCUCGGGAAGGCGUGGAGAAAACGGUUGGAAAGCUGCUGCACGCCGUUGCCACGUGGCCAGCACGGUGCGCUGUGCGAUCGCCUCCGGCGCCAGACAUUGCUCUGUCAUGCGAACGCUUUCCAUGGAUUGCGUCUCGUGGACCAUGAAUGUGAGCUGGUAAGGAAGCUGCCACUGUUUAUGGUGCCCCGCGACAAACCACCGCUCACGCUGGGCGAAUUCCAGAAGCAAAAUCGCCUGCAGACGGGUCGGAUACUGAAGUACCUCCAGAAUGGUUGGAUCGAACGGACGACGAUGCAUCUGUACCGUUGGUUGGGCCGCAUUGGCCCGGGGUGCUACGAUAUAACCGUUACCGAGUGGCCCAUCUACCUCGUCUCGAAGACGCGUCGGUUGAUCGAACAGGUCCGGUUUCGAAUGCAGGAUGCAUUGCGGGACCUUUGCCUCGAUUCGACCGACAGCUACCUUCACCAUCUGGUCAAUGACUGCCAGGCGAUCCAGGAGGUGGACCCGGCGUUCUCCUGGGACACGAACCUAAUCGAUAGCCCGUUUGAACCACGACGGCCGGCUCCCUUUCAGCUGACCUUAGAGAUGGGUCCCGAGUUUGCCUACUACUCCACCGAUCCCUAUAACUUUCCUUUCCUUUUACAGCUCAUUUUGGAUGAAGCGGUAAGAGGUAGCCAUUCCGUGCACACCAUCGAACCAUCGCUCAUACAAUCGCUCCUUUUCGCUGACAAUCUGUACCUCUCGUCGGUGGGCCUUAUCGAUCCGGCCAUAGUUGAGCGAAGGUACGCGUUGGUGAAUUACUACCUCAAGGCACAGAUACCGGUGCUUGCCUAUGUCACACGAUACAACGCAUACCAGGAGCUGUUCCAUACGAACGCAAAAGACUUUAUCGAAGAAGCGAAAGCCGCCGACAAAACCUCGACCGAAAUCAAGGAAGAUAUCGAGUUCCAAAUUCGGAUGCGUGAAAACCUGGAACACACCGUACCGCUCCAUAUCACCAUCGGUCCCUACUCCAUCAUCGUGCAGCCGCUCCGUGACGCACUGAUCCAGAAACGCCAGGAGCUAACGGUGGGCCUACUAAGGAUGCUCACCGAGAAGCUCCGGCUCAAGACGUCCGGUGUGAUAGCGGAGUACAACGGCAUUAUCGAGCGGAUGUGCGAGAAGCCUGUUUCCAUCGAGCACAUCUACGCGAUUCGCGCCUUCAUGGAAGGCAUCCCGGAAGCGCUGAGCCGGCUCGAGGACCGCAUGCGAGGAGUGCUCUACGAGUACGAAAUACUGGAGGGCUUUUGGUUCAAUCUGCCCGAUGCGGACUUUGCACAAAAAUGGGCCGCACUCGGUUACCCGAGAACCGUACUCCGGCAGAUGACGUCUGUGCGGGAGUUUCACGAGACGGAGGUCGACCGAUUCCGGAAGCAACAGUUCGCCGAUGAGGCCACCUUCGCCGCCAGCAUCGAGGAUCUCAAUGCGUACAUCGCCCGCUUCACGACCCUGUACGAUGUGGCCAAAGUGUCGGAGCUGUCGGUGGAGGUGCGCCGCCUGUGGAAGACGCUCCAGGAGCUCAUCGAGCACGGGCACGUAAUGAACAAACGGCAGGCGCUGUUCGAGAUGCCACCGAUUGGUUUGCAUAAUUUAUACGAUCUCCGGGACAACUUCCGCGCCUACCGGGACCUCUGGACGGUCGCAGCUGACUAUCUCAAGCUCGAGGAAACGUGGAUCGGCAAUCCGCUGGCCAGCGUUGACCUCGAGGCGGUACACCGUGGUCUGACCAAUGCGCACGACCGCCUGCUGGUCCUGCUGGUACCGUUUCGCGACCAGCCGCAGCUGCUGACCGUGGUCGAGCACUUUAUCCGCACGGUCGAAGCCUUCCGGCCGAACCUGGACGUAAUGGAGCUGCUCAAGUGCCCGCACCUGAACUCGAUCCAUUUCAGCCAGAUAGCGAAGGACACCGGCAGCAAGGCGAAGCUCUCGAUUGACGUUGGUUACGAUGUGUUUCUCGAGAACGGUGUACGGGGCCACGUCGACGCCAUUCGAGCGAUUGUCCAGCUGGCCGAGGAGCAAAAGGAAGCAAGAGAACUUCAGGCGGCCGAAGAAGAACGCCUUCGGCUGGAGCGUGAAGCCAUCCAGCGGGCUCGUGACGAGCGGCGACGAGGCGCGUGCAAGGUGAAGGUAAUAUCCUAA